AUGUCCCCAAACGACCAGUGCCUGCUCCUAGUUAGCCAAGUGAACGAGCACGCCAAACACGUGCCUCCUCACACCACCUUCUUACAACCUCGUGUCUGGAGACCCAGACAGGCAGACAGCAGGGAACUGAGGGAAGGGGAGACUGAGGAAGAGGAGGACAGAAAGUUUGGAAAAGAUGUCUUAAGAAAAGUCACACCUCCUUCUGAGGACCAGGAGUUCAGGUACUUUGUCCCAGAAGGAGAGACGCUGGAGAGUCUUGAGUCAGCUGCCCUGAAGGAACCUCAGAACGCAGACUUGUGGAUCGGACUGGCUCACAAGUACCUCAAGACUGGAGCGGGUGAUGAGAAUUCCCGUCUGGACCAGGCACUGAACGUGUUGUCCCGAGGCCUGGAGGCAAACCAGUGCAGCGAGGCCCUCUGGCUGCAGUACCUGGAACUGUACUCCCGCAGAUCAGGGAGAGAGGAGACACAGGAGAUGUGCCAACAGGCUGUGGAGUUCGCUCCUUCAUAUAGGAUAUGGUGGAAGUACCUGUCAAUACAAGACACCGUGGAGGCAAAAGACAACGUCUGCUGCCAGAUCAUAGACUUCCUGAGGAGCCCGGAGUACUCCAGAGAAAAGGAGCGUCACUCCGGAGAGACAGAUAGUCAUUCUCACUCCAUCCUAGAGACCCUUCUGUACCGGACUCAGCUGGCUGUGGUCAGCGGUCGGCGGAGUAAAGCUUUACAGAUCCUACAGGAUGCCUUGAAGCAGACCAAGGACACGCCGUGCCCCCUGACCUCUGACCUGACCCCUGCGGACCGUGUGGUGUGCUGGUUGUGUUUUAUAAACCUGCAGGAGUUCCACACAUUACCCACACACCUGUGGGACCCAGCUGACUCUAACCCGGGGAGACUCGUGUGUAAGGAGCCCUUCCUCAUGGAUUGGAACUCAGAGAGAGGGGUGACAACGCCGAGGGACAGUCUCCUCUCACACUUCCAAGAUGCCCUGCGUGCGUGUUCCAGUAAGACCCUGGCUGCCCAGGAGAACACCCAGGUGUGCUUACCUUUGUACAGGAACCUGGUACUCAUGGAGAGGGUGUCUAACAAGGUUGGUUCAGCGCGAGGAGUGUGUAAGAGACUGCUGAAGGCCUGUCCAGGCUCUGUGUCUGCUGUAACAGCUCUGUUGUUGUUCUAACUGUUGUAACUGUUGUUGUACCCG